UUAAAGUCCUUUUAUGGGACUUGAAUUGAACAUGAAUUCAGCUCUUGAGAGGAAAGAAUCUGACAACCCAUAAGCUUUUUGUUGCCGCUAAGGAGAGGACAGUGAAAUACAUAACCAAGAAUACGUAGAGGACAGAGGGACAUCUUGUUUAGCUAGCAUGAAGGCCCGUGUAGACGAGAGGAGACGUGAACAACUGAGCGGGUCAACGAGUCCACUCCAGCGGCGGCCCCACUCCCAGUGUGUCGGGAGUGUGGAGGUGUGCGGUGGUGGUAGUAGGGGGCCAGUUUAUCAGUCGCCUGCCAUAUCUUUCCAGGUUAUUGCGAUGACUGUAUCCCUCGUGUUAAGCCUUAAUUAAUUCUUCCCACCAGUAUUGUGCGUGUAAUCCGAGGAGGAAGUGAUGGACACGAGGUGUUUUGAGAUGGAGAGUGUACAGUAGCUACAGCUGAUCUGGAAACACUUGAUGUAGGGAGGGGAAGCUGGUUUGGCCGUGAGGUGUGUGUCAGGACCAGGACAAGGUGGUUGGUGAGGCAUGGAUGCCACCGCUCCACUCUCCCCACCAGCGGACACUGUCAUCCCACUCUGCCCUCCAGAAAACAAGGCCUUGCAGGACAGGGGUGAGCUGAAAACACACACACUCACAACACUUGACCUGCAGAUGGCCAGCCAUGUGACAUAACAGGGGAGAUCCACACCAUCAAUGCUGUGGACAUGUGCAGUGUUGAGGACCAAGGCCCUGAGGAAAGGGAAGGCACAUCCAGGACCCACUGCUCCACCUGCUUCCAUCCCUGCAUGCGGAGCCAUCAUCCAUUGCUCUCCAACCCUACACAGCUGCAGAGAUUCAAAUAUGCCCUCCUCUGUCCCCCACAUGGCAGAGUUGGGAAAUGGCUGACUGGUCUGCUGAUCCUAUGCCUGGUGUUUGGCUCGCUGGUGUCGCUGCUGGGGGACACGGCACUACCUGGCGGCAACAUCUUCUCCCUCUUCAUAUUGUUCCUGGCAGCAGAGGCAGCAGGGCGGGUGGUGGAGCCCCUCAGGCUGCCGCCACUGCUGGGCAUGCUAGUGGUGGGCAUCCUUCUCAAGAGUGUGCCUGGUAUUAACCAUGUUGGCAAGAGCAUCAACCAGGAGUGGUCAACAGCAUUGCGCAACCUUGCCCUGGUGAUCAUCCUGCUAAGGGCAGGUCUUGGCCUUGAUCCGGCUGCCUUGAAACAGCUGAGCCUGAUGGUGGUGCGUCUGGCCUUCUCCCCAUGUGUGGUAGAGACGCUUGUGGUGGCUGUGGUGACGCACCUUCUCCUGGGCUUCCCCUGGCUCUGGGGGCUCAUGUUGGGCUUUGUCUUGGGAGCUGUCACACCUGCUGUCAUUGUGCCGUGUAUGCUGGUGUUGUCACAGAAGGGCUAUGGUGUGGACAAGGGCAUCCCGACACUGGUCAUUGCUGCCUCCAGUGUGGACGACGUGCUGGCCAUAUCUGGCUUUGGUGUCCUCAUGGGGAUCACUUUUGCUGAAGGGGAGCUGUGGGUGGUCAUCCUGAAAGGGCCCUUUGAGGUGGUGGUAGGGCUGAUUUAUGGCGUGGUGCUGGGCAUGCUGUGCUGGGUGCUGCCUGUCCCCUCAGAGCACAACGCCCCUCUGCUCAGGUUUGUGGUGCUGCUCACUGCUGGGGUCGUGUCUCUCUUCGGAAGUCCUUUGAUACACUUGGGAGGUUCAGGUGCUCUGGGGUGUCUGGUCAUGGCAUUUGUAGCUGGCUUUGGCUGGAGGAAGCAAGGCAUGACAGAGGAGAACUACGUUGACAAAAUGCUGGAGCACAUGUGGAUGUUUUUCCAGCCUUUCCUCUUUGCCUUGAUUGGUGCAGAAAUUCAGGUGGACAAACUUGAAGGAAGCACCAUUGGCUAUGGCUUGUUGACAUUGUUUGUUGGCUUGGUGUUCCGCAUGGUGACCUCUUUCCUGGUGGUGAUGGGUGGAGAACUCAACAUGAAGGAGAGGCUGUUUGUGGCCUUUGCUUGGCUACCCAAGGCUACUGUGCAGGCUGCCAUUGGGUCCCAGGCACUGGACUACGCCAGGAAGACCAAUGCAGGGCCUGAGGAAGAGAGACUUGGCGAGCAGGUGCUGACCAUUGCUGUACUGAGCAUCCUGCUGACAGCGCCAGUGGGAGCUGCCGCCAUCAUGCUGACAGCCCCACGGCUCCUCGGUAAGUCCAGCCAGGCUAAAGAAGGGGUAGGUGAGAUGGAUGAGGCAGCAAAGGAACCCCCUGAGUAAUGCCAGACAAAGGCCAGCAGGAAAAAGUGUUGCUGAGGACAUGGAUUCAUAUACCUCAGGUGUGUGUGUGUGUGAAAGUGAUUUUGUAACAACUCUGGUGAAUAGGUUUGUGAACAGUUUGUUGUGUGUAUGUGUCCUUGCACUGAGACAUUGUGGAGAUAUUUUUUUGUUAGGCUUCUCAGUCCAAAUUGAUCAUACAGUUGCAAUCAUUUGUAAAUAUCUGCAGCAGCAAUCACACACAUCUAACUGAUAAAGGAGUACAUCAAGAGCUUUAUUACCUGAGCUGGGGGACUCUAAAAAAUAGUCCAAAAAUAGUGUUAUUGUAUGUGUGCAUCCAUAUGUGUGCAUGAUGUUUAUCCAUGCCAUGCUACCAUAAUAUUCAGGUGGCAGCAUGUAAAAGGAAUCAACUGUUUGAAGGAUAUUUGUGUGAUCAGUGUUUUAUUUUUUUCUCAUUAUUAUAUUAUAAAUAGAAAUCCUGGAAGUGCAAUCUUAUUUCAGUACUAGAUCAAAAUGUUCAGUACUUAGCCGACAUGACUCCCUGCCAAUCUCCUCACAACAGUUAGUCGGAGCUCAACAAUACAGUGCAAUAUUACCUAAUACUACAUAGCUGUACAGUGUGAAUCCACAACCUAGAAUUCAGAUAUCCUGCAGUAUUUUCAUUGCAUAUUUUUAUACAUAGAUAUAAAGUUGUGAAUGUACAUCAUAACCACAGUACAGUACACAUUUGACAUGAGAACAUGUGAAGAUAAGAGAAGCUACAAGGGCCCAUCACAUCAAAUGAAACAUACCUCCCUGUUUCUAGCUACCAUCCUUAUCCAUGAAUAGUAAAUGUUUGAAGUGACAGUCAAGUCCUUCAGACCAACCUUGUAUUUAACAAACUUAAGGUGCAAGUUUAUGUGACACUUGGGCACAAAUCAGUCACCUGGUAGAUGGCUCUCUCUCUCUCUCUCUCUCUCUCUCUCUCUCUCUCUCUCUCUCUCUCUCUCUCUCUCUCUCUCUCUCUCUCUCUCUCUCUCUCUCUCUCUCUCUCUCUCUCUCUCUCUCUCUCUCUCUCUCUCUCUCUCUCUCUCUCUCAUUGUUCAAAACAGUUAUCACUAAGGAAAAUGUUCAUGAUAUCAAGAGUUUGCUGUACAAAUUACCUUGCUUGUACAACUUGCGGGAAAUAGGAUUACUGAGUCGUGUUCACUGAAGGCAGGAUUACUGAGAGUCAUGUUUAUUGACAAUAAUGUAUGUAGUAUUUAGUGAAAGGUGGAGCAAGGUGCAGGUUGGUCAUUUGUGCAACAUUUAGGAUGUGUUAAAGUAGCAAUGGCCUCUACUAUUGUCUUGUCAGAGGUUGCUGUAGUAGAUCACUCAUUUCCUCCCUACUGUCUCCUGGGUCUUAGAAUAGGUCUUUUAUUUUAUCUUAAUACUAAUUUUCUUUUGAUAUACAGGAAAAUCAGAUCUCCAUGUAGUUAAUUAAACUUUAGUAUUAAGUAUUGACACAUUGAAAAUUACUUGAAAGGUCAAUCAAUAUGGUAGUGAAUGAAUACAGCAGUGCAAUACACGUGCCAAAUGUUACCUCAAGAGUGAUGUCUUGUCUGUGCUGCCUCCCUUCAUGGUGUAUCUCAGCACAAUACAGAGCAACCAUACUCAGUUCACUAAAAGUGCCAAAUAUGACAGCUGGCAGCAGUAUUGAUGAAGGAAAGUGUGUAAGCAAGAAGACAUUGUAGUUGUGUGGAGUGUUUGAUGCAGUGAGGUGUAAAUAACUAGACAGAAGGGCUCAAAAAGACUUCUGCAGGUAAAUUGUGUUCAACUAAUGUUACAUUUCUAAAUUUGUCAUAAAUCAGAAUAAUUUUUCCUUUGCCCUGAUUUACAAAUGGAUAAUACUUAUUUACCCUUAUGUAAUAAAACUUGCCAUGAGAAAAAAAUUGAAUGAAAAAAUUCUUGUUGAUCUCAAUAUACAUUUUUUAAAAUUUAUUUUUCUUUAUUAAGGAAUGUUAUUCAUGCAUACAUUAUUUGUCUCAAUAACACAAGUUAAGCAAGUCAUGCUUUUGAAAUUAUAGUAAAAGAUUUAUGUUGACCAUGUUGUUAGAAUUUUAUGUGCAAUAUGUUUCAUGCAAUUGGCAAUACAGCCAAGAAUAAUGUGUUACUAAGUUAAGUUGUUAGAAGCAGAAAUAUAUAUUACACAGGGUUCAUCAGGUCAUGGAAACCUGGAAAAGUCAUGGAAUUUAAGUUUUUUUCCAAAGGCCUGUAAAAGUCAUGGAUAAAGCUGAAAAAAGGCCAUGGUCAUGGAAAUUAAAAGGCAUGCUUAUCAAAAGCGACGUUGUUAUUUUCUUGCUCGCGCAUCCGUACUGUGACUAGAAACUUGUUAGUUUUAGGACGGCUUGUGUGCUCCAGUGAUCUUGAAGGUGAUACCGGUAGGAUGAUAUGGUGUUGCUCUGCCAAGGUAGAAUAUCAAACAUUCACCCCUAUAACUUAUAAUGUGGUCCCAUGACCCUUCUUCCUUACUUGUCGUUUUCAUGUCAUAGAGCAGCAUGUAAAAGGUCCUUGAAUUCUUUAUUUUGGGCAUGGAGAAGUCAUGGAAAAGUCAUGGAAAAAUUUUUGUAACCAGUGGAUUACAAAGCUCAUCAGAUUAUAUUAAGUAGCAUUUAGUUUUAACUUUUAAGUAAGUAAGAGUUUAAAUGUUAUAUUAUUGAGAGAUAUAAUAGUCUUGUUUAAUGAUGAUUAUUUUUAGUGGAUAUAGUUAAAUAGUUGUUCAGUUUGAAACUGCUUGGAUUAUGAAAGUAAUGAUUUUUUUUUUCUUCGGAAGUAUAUGAUACUAACAAUGUAGCUGUUAAUUAAUAGCUUUGCACAGUAUUUAGUUUUAAAUGUAAGGCCAGUAUUAGAUUGUGGUUAGUUAUUUGAUAUGUAAGCAGGAAGUGUGUUACCUCAGGGAGAGGUGAGACUAUACAGCACUUACCUCCAUCACAAUCAAUCAAGCAGCCAUCCCUUUCACAAGCAAAAAAGUCAUCCAUCUCAAGAAGAUUGUGGCAUCGUAGUAACUAUUCAGUUCCACCUUGCUUGCAUGCUGCAGGGAAGAUGCUAGGCGUACUGCACUGAAACCUGCAACACUGAUCUCAGCAUGACUUUGAGUGCAAUAGUAAAGAUGUUCAGUGUAUAAGUGAGUAUCAUAAGUACAAUAGUGAUGACUCAACAUUCCAUAAUCAAUCAUGUGCAAUAAUCAGGUCAUUCACUUACGGUGGGUAGGACUGAAACCACUCACACACCACACGCCGUGACAGUAAGACCCAAACCCCUUAAGUUGCAUCCUGUACCUACUUCGGUUAAAGAUUAAGAGACUCACCUAUUUGCCUAACUGUGCCCAGGACUCAAACCUGGGACUUCUCGGUUGUAAGCUGAGGGUGCUACCACUACACCAUAUGGUGUGUGGUGUGUAGUGAUCUGUGUUGCUGUGUACAGUGAGGCAAUCCAGUGUAUUGUGUUAUCCUUUCAUUCUUCAUGGCAAAGUGAAGAAUCUGCUGUUUGAGUAGCAUUAUGAUUGUACUGAAAAUAUAUAAGCAAACAUACUGUACUGUUAGAUAAAAUGCAAGAUAGACAAAUCAUGAUGGUAUGUGUGCCGCACCAAGUAAAACCUCAUCUGGAAACUUGUGAAAAUGUCCUUUUUUUGUUUAGACUGAAGGAUACUGUCUAAGUUUAUUAGGAGUCAAAUCAUGACUAUAGUGAGCUAAAAACAAAGUAGACAAUUACUUACUAGACAAAUCUUGGAGGUUAAUGUUCCUCACCAAGUGAAACAUCUGAUGGAAGUUGUUACGUUUUGUCUGAAACAUGUUAUAAAGUUCGGUAAGAAUCAAGCAAGACAAUGUUGGAUGAUGGCGCAAGUCAGGUAGCAACACCUACCUAGGACAUUGGUCAAUGCUUGGUGCUUGAUUGGUGACAGUUUGGCAAUUCAUUCUCUCUCUCUCUCUCUCUCUCUCUCUCUCUCUCUCUCUCUCUCUCUCUCUCUCUCUCUCUCUCUCUCUCUCUCUCUCUCUCUCUCUCUCUCUCUCUCUCUCUCUCUCUCUCUCUCUCUCUGACAGUUUAAUGGAUUUUUUAUUUUUCCUUAGCCUGUGUUCUUGAUUCAUACAAAGGGUAGCUGGACUUGAGUACCUCUGGUGGAUAUGCUACACAUAUAUAUAUGGUGUGGGUGGAUGUUGGUUUGCUUUGACAAUUUUGCCAUUGUAAGUCUGUUCCAUGUAUGUGUAAGUCAAUAAACAUAUUUGAUUUAU